AUGGGUCGCCACGGAGGCACUUCCGCCUCAUGCUCCUACCGUGGGCAACCCAGCCUGCUUACCCUGGCUGGCGGCCCCGCCGAGUGCGGGCGGCAGCGGCCCUUGACCCCGAGCUCUCCUCCCUCUUGCCCCGGAUCCGCUCGAGGAACCCAACGCAACAGUGAGACGCGAGCCCCGGAGCCCAGAGCGGCCUACGAUGUGCAGCAAACCAGAGGGUUGCGCCGCUCUACCUUUCGGCCCUCCGGACUCGCCUACUCUCCGCGUCACUCCAGGCGUGCGCGGGCCCGCGGGCCUUGGCUCUGCCCCCAGUGCGCGCUCACACACCUACGUCCCGCCUCCUUGCGCAGGCGCAGAACAAGAAAAGUGGGGUUGUCGGAGGGCGCGUGCGCAAAACGAGGUGUUGUCCUCGUGCCAGGGCUGUGCUUCUGGGGUUUCAAUGGCCUUCUAUUGCUGGUGGACAAAACGGGAAAACCCACCUUCAUCUCCCGCUACCGAAUCCAACGUGCCAACAAUGAAUCAUAGACCCCCGUGAAGCUGCGUCAGUCUAUCCGUACAGUUACCUUCAACCAGAGCGUCAUCUCUUUCCCCAUGCUGGUCAUCUACUAUCCUGUCUUAAAGUGGAGGAGAGACCCCUGCUGUCGAGAGCUGCCUACCUUCCACUGGCUCCUGGUGGAGCUGGCCCUUUUCACCCCUGUGUGGGAAAUCUUGUUCUACUACUUACACCGGCUCUUCCAUCACCCAAAGUUGUUCAAGAAAAUUCACAAAAAACAUCAUGAAUGGACAGCACCCAUCGGUGUGGUCUCAAUCUAUGCCGAUCCUAUAGAACAUAUGGUUGCCAACAUGUUGCCAGCUUUGGUGGGUCCUCUAGCAAUGGGCUCUCACUUGUCCUCUAUCACUGUGUGGUUAUCCCUGGUUCUCAUCAUCAGCACACUCAACCACUGUGGCUACCACUUGCCCUUCCUGCCUUCGCCUGAGUUCCAUGAAUACCACCAUCUCAAGUUCAACGAGUGCUAUGGGAUACUGGGUGUGCUGGACCACCUGCAUGGGACUGAUGUCACGUUUAAGCAGACCAAGGCUUAUGAGAGACAUGUGGUCCUGCUGGGCUUCACCCCACUCUCAGAAAGCAUCCCCGAUCCUCCAGAAAAGACAAGGAGUGCACUUAGACCAUCUGGCCUGUUCCAUCAGUAG